UAAACCUUUUUUUUUUUUAUUAAAAAAAAAAAGAAAUUUGCUAAAUUUCUCCAUUGAUUUUCUGUGGAUUGUACCGUAAAACCCAGUUCAGAUUUCGUUUUUCUUUUUUUAGCGAUUACUCUGAAUAAAGGUUUAUCGGAAUAGAUUACAAUUUUUUUUUUAAUUUAAAUCCAGAAAAUCUGGUUCAACUCCAUCGGCUGUUCACUGUUGUAUUCUUAUCUGCUCAUCUGAAAAAAGAAAAAAAAAAAAAGAUAAUUGUUUCUCUCUCUUCUCUAUCAGCCCAAUUAAAAAAAAUUAAAUUGGGUUCAAAACUGAUAGAAGAUAGAGAAACCGAACUUUUUUUUUUUCCCCAAUCAAUCAAAAUCAAAACAUUCGAUUUCCUGAUCUGGGCGAAUUCAAUUGAAUCGAGUUUGUUCAUCAAUUGACGAUGGCGAACGCUUCCGUAGCGAGUCUGGAUAAAUGGAGGGAGUAUUUCCGGAGUGCGAAUUCGAACAUCUUCGGAAUAAUCGAGCAUGCAAUAAUGGUCGCCGCCUCCGAUUGCCCCUACGACUUCAAAUUGAAGAGGGAUCGAAUCGCCGAGAUGCUGUUCGCCUGCAAAAUGACCAAGUGUUUCGGCUGCGACAGAAUCGAAUUGGCCGUGCCAAACGGCGUCGUUUUGGAGAAGAGCGAGGAUGAUAAGUACAACAAGAGUGGGGCCGAUGCCGGUGGGAGUAAAGACACAAAGGAGAGCAAGGUGAACAGCAGCACCAGAGAAGGAGAUGAUGAUGAUGACGUGGAUGAUGACGUGGACGGUCGAGAAAUGAAUGUGAACCAUGUUAGUAACUACAGCUAUGGCGAUGCUGAAGCUUUGACCGAUGAGAUUGAAGAGGAGUCUCAGUUGUUCGGUGAGGUUUUGAGGAUCAAAGAAAUCGUCGACAAUUACGAAGACGAGUCUGAUUCGACGUUGUUCGAGUCGCUGAGGAGGCUUCAGCUUAUGCCCUUUUCUGUCGAAACGCUCAAGGCGACAGAAAUUGGGAAAUCUGUUAACGGUUUGCGUAGGCAUGGAUUGAAGGAUAUUCGGGAUCUUGCUAGGAGAUUAAUCGAGGAUUGGAAAGUGAUGGUUGAUUCUUGGGUUAAUGCUACAGCAGCCAUUGCAGCAAUUGCGACGGAAUCGGUGAAAACAUCUACGGUUGAAGAAGAGGAAGAAGGGCUUCCAUCUCCGCCACUUGACGAAGGAGCUUUCUUUGCUACUCCUUCUUCAAUGGAGCUUUCACAGUUCUUUGACGGAAUGGAUGAAGAUGGAAAUCCUCAAAACAAUGGGGAAUUGAACAAGAACCGAGGAAGCGGCAGAAACCCUAAUCUCGUCAAAACCGACGCCCGUAGAUCGAGUCUUGACGAGAGAAAGGAAAGGAAAAUCGUCGAAGAGAAGAAGGCUCCGGAAGCAAUGUUGAAAAGACAACAAUGCCCUCCUCCUUCUAGAACAAAUAGGCCUCCUCCGAGCAGCGAAUCGGGCCCCGGUAGACCGAAGCCCGCUGCUAUUAAACCACAGGCUAAUAAUAACGGCGCAAUUCAAAGGAAACCGAUGCCUACACAACAGGAGAAGUUGAAUUCUAACAACGAGCCUUCGGUUCGGAUGAAAUUAGAGGCUGCUAAAAGGAAACUGCAGGAGCGGUAUCAAGAAGCUGAAAACGCGAAAAAGCAAAGAACAAUACAAGUAGUGGAAUUGCGCGAUCUACCGAAGCAGAAUUUUGGACAGAGGAAUCAGCAUAUGAGGCCGGCCAAUCAAAAUAGGAACCGACCAAAUGUGCGUCGAUAGAAUUUGUAAUUAUUGAAUAUAAUAAUAAAUAUAUAAUUCCGAAAUAAUACUCGGAAAAGUUUAAUUUUCACCUUCGUCGGUGAAAGAAAUGUUAGCUAACUGGUUAGACCCCGUUUAUUUAGUCGACAAAAAACUGUUUAAAGAAUCGGAGAAUUUCGAAGCAUGAGAGAUAUAUAUAUAUAGACAUUUUGCCCUAAUUCUUUUGAAUUAUGGGAUGUAACAUUAGACUUUGUAGUUGGAACAUUUUAUAUACAUUUUCAGGAAAUAAAAUUAAAUUUAUUUGAAC